AUGAAGACUUUAUCAAACCGUGGUUCGGAUUAUGUGGAAAAUUGUAGUGUAGCUGGCUUACCUAAUGCUUUUAGAGCAAAAAGUCAUUUCAAACGUUUUAUUUGGGUUGUUUUAGUGUUGGGCGGUCUAGGUUGUACCUCAUGGCAAAUUUUAGAAAUAGUAUUAAAAUAUUAUUCUCUCCCAACAAAUACAGAAGUUUCCAUGACAUUUACCACUAAAUUAAGAUAUCCAGCCGUGACUAUUUGUAAUUUGAACCCUAUCAGACACAGUGGGUUGGUAAUGAGUCCAAAUUUCAGCAGUCAGUACGAAGAACAGUCAAGGAGUUCUAGAGAGACACAUGAACAACAGUCAGCCCCCACUACAGAAACAACCAUUCAGACAACAACAACUACCAAAAAAACAACCACAACGCCACGUCAAAAUCUUUUAGGUAAUCUGAUUGGUGGCGAUAAUAAUGGAGGAGGUCUAGUUGGUAAUGUGCUGGAUGGUGUAAAUAAUAUUUUGUCACCUGGUCCAAAUACCGAUAACGAUUUAUCCAUACCAAUUCUGGGUGAUCUAACUGACGCACUAACCAAUAUCACUAAUGGUAUUUUGGGUACAAAUGAAGUCCUGGGAACUAAAAGUAAUGCACUUCAAGGCGAAGAAGAUUUUGUUACUUUGUAUAGUAGUACAGAUGCUGAGUUAAGGAAAGCAAUGGGCCAUCAUCUAAAGACUAUGCUGCUGAAAUGUACCUUUGCUGGUUUUGUUUGUACAGAAAAAGACUUUUCGUACGUUUCUGAUCCAAAGUACGGUAAUUGUUAUACCUUUAAUUCGGGAUUGAAUAAAUCGUAUGAGGAAUCAAGAAAAACAGGACCAACCUAUGGUUUGAGUUUGGAACUGUAUGUACAACAAUCUGAAUAUCUGUCAACCCUGGCACCGUCAGCUGGUGUAAAGAUCAUGAUGCAUAAUCAAAGUUACAUGCCUUUUCUUGUAGACAGGGGUAUAGAACUUCAACCUGGAACAAAGGCAUCAGUCGCUAUAGCAAUGACUGAGAUUGAAAGACCAUCACCACCUCAUGGUAGUUGUCAUGCUUAUACUGAUGAUGAGAAUAUUGCUGUUAAUGUUUAUUCAGAAGAAAAGGAUUUAAGAGUAGGGUAUACUGAGGAGGCAUGUUAUAAGACGUGUUUCCAAAAUAACGUUAUAAAGAAUUGUAGAUGUUGUUAUCCGUAUUACCCAUGUAUUGGUCGUGCUAUAAAUUCUUCUUAUGUGAAUUAUGAUGAAAAUAAUGGUUAUUGUCAACUCUCAUCGAAUAUCACAAGUAAAUGUAUCACUGAUGUGGAGAAUAAAUAUGUUAAUGAUGAUUUAGAUUGUUCUAAUAUCUGUAAACCACGAUGCAGGGAGCGCCAAUUUCCAUCUCAGCUGUCGUCAUCUUUAUGGCCAGCCGAUCCUGUUAUGGAUGAAAUCAUUAAAAAGUUGAUAGAAAGGGAUCCCAGUUUGGAAGAAAAGUUCCAAAAUAUAAAUAACACCGAAAAACGUCUGUUUAUGAGAGACAAUGUAUUAAAAGUGGACAUAUUUUACCGAGAAUUGAAUUAUCAAACAGUUGCUACAAAAGCUACAUACCAGAUUGAAGAUUUGCUUGCAAAUAUCGGAGGACAGUUGGGAUUGUUCGUUGGACUAUCAGUAAUUUCUAUACUGGAAUUCAUAGAGCUCUUGAUAGAUUUCGUGUGUAUCGCUGUCUCUAAAUGUUUCUGUUCGUCCAAGAAAGAAAACAAGGUGAAAUCGUGGAAUUACAACUAAGAUAGAUGAUGCUCCAGUUCGAGCUCUUUGACUUUAAUGGUUUUGUUUAAAUUGUAAAUAGACUAUAAGCCUAAUGUUUUCGAAUCGCAAUCUCAGGUGGCGCUCGAUUGGUUAGUUCUGAACAGGUUCUAUCUGUUCCAAUUCUGGCCCCAAUUGAACUGUACAAAAUCGGAUGUGUCAAUUUCAAAUUGACUAUUCGUUAUUCUUUUACCGCCAUUUUGAAUUCUUUCUAUAUACACCUACUUUUUCGGCACAAGUGGAGCGCAUUCUGAACCCUAUUCCAAAUUGUUUUUAUUUGUGGUCGAUUUCAUGAAUCCCGAACGCACAGAUCUCACCAAUUGAGUCAACAUGUUAUGUAUUACCGCCUCCUGGUAAAACGGUUUGAUAGAUGGUUAAUUUUGUAGGCCUAUUUUUGAAUUUCUAGUGCUUUAAACCCCCAUUUUAGGCUCAACGAUUUUUAAAUUAAAAGCUUCAAAUGUCAAGAAAUUUAGAGUGUGCUAUAAAUGGAAUUGUAUUUUAAUAAGUUAAUGGAACUUUGCAAAGUAUAUUUAGUGAACAGAAUUUCAAAUUACUCAGUUUAUGAUUAGGCCAACAUCGGCCAAAUUUGUCGUUUCCGUUGCUGUAAAUCCCUCUAUGUUUGUCUUUGUACAUUCGUUAUAGUUAUGUUAAAGAUAUUGUGUUACUGU